AUGUGGGCAAUGGUGGCUAACAUGGGGUUGAUCCUUGGACCCAUCAUGAGCAUUUAUGUCAUCGAUCAUUUGGACUGGCGAUGGGUCUUCCAUGUGUCUGCUAUUUUCACUGCUGUGAUCACCAUUCUUUUGUUUGGGAUUCGCGAAUCUAGGCCAUCAUUACUCCUUUCCCGUGAGGUUGCGAAAUUGCAGAAGUCAACCGGUAUGACCACACUCAAGGCUCUAAACCCUGACCAUACCCCGGACAUAAAGACGUUUGCUCGGAUAGCUCUUUUCCGACCCCUCAAGUUAUUUUUUACAGAGCCGAUUGUCUUCAUGGUCGCCACGAUUAGUGCAGUAGCUUUUGCACUCAUCUAUCUGUUCACAGAGGCUCUUCCCCCGAUAUAUGAGAACCUUGGAUUCUCCAGCGCAAACUCGUCCCUUCCUUUCCUCACGAUUGGCAUCGGUUUGAUCAGUGGAGUUCUCACCCGUAUCUUUGAUCAUAGAAUGAUCACAAAAUACCAGAGAGAAGGCAAGGUACUGCAGCCAGAACAUAAGCUUGUUGGAUUCUCUAUUGGCGCUCCGGUUCUUGCGGUUGGGCUCUGGUGGUUUGCAUGGACUAUUCCGCCGCGCGUUCCUGGAGUCCACUGGGUGGUAUCUGCUAUAUCCCUGGUGCUGAUCGGCUAUGCAUUAAAUGAGUUCGACGCCGUCUUAGCCGGCUAUCUAGCCGACAGCUACCUGAGCUAUUCCGCGAGUGGAUUCGCUGCUCUAUCUCUUGUGCGUUCCACACUUUCUGCUGUUUUCCCACUAUUUGCCGGACGGAUGUACGAAGUGCUGGGCGCGAAUCUAGCCACUUCUAUUCUUGCAGCUUUGGCCACUGUCUUCUGCAUCAUUCCGCCCUUGUUCACCAGGUAUGGACCACGGAUCCGGGCACGCAGUAAAUUUGCAAAGUAUAGUUUGCAGGUAUAUCAGGAGAACGGAGUGGACAAAGACGGAUACUAG